AUGGUGAACUUGAAAGCUGGGACAAGGCCGCCAUGGGUAGGACUAGGAGCAGCAGUUUGGGUGCAAAUAGCAUCAGGGAAUUCUUACAACUUCCCUCUUUAUUCCCAUUCUUUGAAAUCUGUUCUGGGAUUUAACCAGCACCAGCUUACCAUGCUUGGUGUUGCUAAUGAUGUUGGUGAGAAUGUUGGGCUUAUUCCUGGCAUUGCUUGCAACAAGUUCCCUCCUUGGAUUAUUCUCUUGAUUGGUGCUUUUGCUUGCUUCUUCGGUUAUGGUGUUCUUUGGCUUGCUGUUAGCAGUAAAAUACAAUCCAUGCCGUAUUGGCUGCUAUGGCUUGCGCUCUGUGUUGCCACCAAUAGUAGUGCUUGGUUGAGCACAGCUGUUCUUGUAACCAACAUGAGAAACUUUCCUCUUAGUAGAGGCACUGUUGCUGGUAUUCUUAAAGGUUAUGGUGGAAUUAGUGCUGCAGUAUUUACUGAAAUUUAUAGUACUCUGCUCCGCAAGUCCUCCUCUGAGCUUCUGAUGUUUCUUGCACUUGGAAUUCCUGUUCUAUGUUUCAUAGUCAUGUAUUUUGUAAGAGCUUGUACUCCUGCUUCAGGUGAAGACUCUUCAGAACCUGCCCAUUUUCUUUUCACUCAGGGAGCUCUUAUUGUACUGGGCUUAUAUGUUCUAACAACCACAAUGUUGGAUCACAUAUUUCAUUUCAGUGCUCCGAUAUCUAAUACCUUUCUUGUUAUAAUGGUUGUCCUUCUCAUGGCUCCGUUUGCAAUACCCAUAAAAAUGACAUUUCAUCGCAUGAGAGUCAGUAAACCAGGGAUGCAUCACCAGCCAGUUGAGUCCUCAGACUGUGUGAUACAAGAAGACGAUGCAGACAAAACUGAACCGCUGCUGAAAUCAUCUUCAUCAACAACGGCCCUUGGAAGUUUUAAGGAAAAUGACGAGGCAUCUGAGGUGGCUAUGCUUCUAGCUGAGGGAGAAGGGGCUGUUAAGAAGAAGAGGAGGCCUAAAAGAGGGGAGGAUUUCAGAUUUACUGAAGCCCUAAUAAAGGCUGAUUUCUGGCUUCUUUUCUUUGUAUACUUUGUGGGUGUUGGAUCUGGGGUAACAGUCCUCAAUAAUCUUGCCCAGAUAGGAAUUGCGCAAGGUGUGCAUGAUACUACAAUCUUGUUGUCACUCUUCAGCUUUUGCAAUUUUGUGGGGCGCCUUGGUGGGGGUACCGUGUCUGAACAUUUUGUCAGGUCAAAAGCAAUCCCUCGGACAAUAUGGAUGACAUGCACUCAAGUAAUGAUGAUCAUAACAUACCUUUUGUUUGCUUCUGCAAUUGAUGGAACCCUUUACGCUGCAACAGCAUUACUUGGGAUCUGCUAUGGAGUUCAGUUCUCGAUAAUGAUACCAACUGUCUCUGAGCUUUUCGGCUUGAAGCAUUUUGGUUUAUUUUACAACUUCAUGUCACUAGGAAAUCCUCUUGGUGCGUUCCUUUUCUCAGGUCUCCUGGCAGGCUAUGUAUAUGAUACUGAGGCAGCAAAGCAGCAUGGAUCAAAUCUGCUGUCCAAUUCAAGCAUCUCCUGCUUGGGUCCAAAUUGCUUCAGGCUCACCUUCUUGGUUCUGGCUGGUGUCUGUGGUUUGGGAUCCUUGUUGAGCAUUAUUCUAACUAUGAGGAUAAGGCCUGUCUAUGAGAUGCUUUAUGCUGGGGGUUCUUUCAGGCUGCCUCAGACUUCAAACCACUAA